ACAUGGCGUUUGCAGAAAUUCUGGAGUUGUUUUGAUUUUUAGGUCUAGACUAGGCCUACUAGUAGUAGCCUAUAUUUAGGACUAGUCAUGCGUACGUUUUGUAGUAGAUGUUUUUCUAUUCUAAACCAGUCGAUUAGAAAACCAGUGUAUAAUAGACAAAUAUGCAGAAACUUUGGCCGAAACUUUUCCAGUAGAAGUGAGAGUAACAGGUUUUGCUCCAAAAGUCACAGUUGUGACGAGUUAAGAGCUGUCAAUGCAGGUCAAAAGGUCGCACUGUAUGGUUGGGUGCAGCAUAAACGAUUUGACUUCAUGUUCACUCUGCGAGAUUCUUCGGGUGCUACACAAGUGGUUUUCCCAACGGAAGAAAGGCAUGGAAAAGAAAUGGUCCAGCAAUUGAUGGAUGCUUCAUUAGAAUCUGUUGUCAAAGUUACAGGGUUUGUUCAGCGGAGACCAGAUGGAUUAGAAAAUGAGAAAAUGAGUACUGGUGACAUUGAAGUUGUGGCAUCAGAUUUUGAGAUACUUAACCCCUGCAAAGAAGCUCUACCUUUCCAAGUGCAUGAUUUCCAGAAGGUCAAGGAGCCACUCAGAAUGCAGCACCGAUAUCUUGAUCUAAGGAAUAUUAAGAUGCAGCAGAAUUUGAGGCUGAGGUCAAAGGUUGCAAAUGACAUGAGGCAAUUUCUGUGCAUACAUGGUUUUGUAGAAGUUGAAACUCCAACGUUAUUUCGGAGAACUCCAGGGGGCGCCAGAGAGUUUAUUGUACCUAGUCAACAAAAAGGAAAGUUCUACACACUGCCACAAAGUCCGCAACAGUUUAAACAGCUUCUGAUGGUUGGUGGUAUAGACAGAUAUUUUCAGUUCGCCAGGUGUUACAGGAAUGAAGGGGCAAGAAUUGAUAGACAACCAGAGUUCACCCAGGUUGAUAUAGAAAUGUCAUUUAUUGAACAAAACGAUAUUUUAAAUCUCACCGAAGAGCUUAUAAAUAGCGCUUGGCCAGAGGACAAAGGUCAACUACAACUACCAUUCCCACGAAUGUCUUAUUCUGAAGCAAUCAACAAGUAUGGAAGUGACAAACCUGAUACAAGAUUUGGAAUGCUGAUACACGAUGUAACUAGUAACUUUGAUGACACUGAUUUGUCAUUCUUAUCAAAAGACAGUAAUGACUUCAUAUUCAGGGCCAUUAAAAUAGAAGAGGGCAUGAAACAUCUCAGCAAUAGAGAAUUAAAGGUGUUGGAAUUAGAAGCAAAGAAUCGGUUUGAUCGCAAUAUAACCUUCAUGAAACUGACCGCUGAGAAUGAGAUGAAGUCUCCCAUUUCAAAAUAUUUAUCACAAGAUGUGCAAAAGAAUCUAUGUGUAAAAAUGGAGGCAGAAACUGGUGAUAUUGUUAUAUUAGGAGGUGGAAAUACAUUUGUAACGUGUUCUCUUCUUGGUCAUUUACGGAAAGUAGUUGCAUCUUUACUAGAAAGGAAAGGAAUCCAGAUGCGAGAUCCUGAUGCCUUUAAUUUUGUUUGGGUGAAUAACUUUCCCCUGUUCACCCCAAAAGAAGGUGGUGAGGUGGGCUUGGAGUCCACCCAUCACCCUUUCACUGCACCUGUAGCUGAACACAUGGACUUGAUCCACACCAAUCCAGGAAAGGUUUAUGGUGAACAUUAUGAUCUAGUACUGAAUGGAUUUGAAAUUGCCGGAGGUUCCAUUAGGAUACACAAUGAACAACUUCAACGUUAUGUACUUGAAAACGUGCUGAAAGAAGAUGCAAGUUCCAUGAACCACUUACUACAAGCCCUGCAGUCUGGAUGCCCACCUCAUGGCGGAAUCGCUAUUGGUUUUGAUCGGUUCAUGGCUAUUCUUUGCGGUGAAUCUAGUAUCAGGGAGGUCAUAGCUUUCCCGAAGACGGGCGAAGGCAACGAUUUGAUGUGCAAUGCCCCCAUAGAACUCAACUGGGAGGAGCUGAAUUCAUACCAUAUUCGUUUACAAGAUGAAGAAUUAUGAGAAAAAGCAUUGCUGUAGUUUUAAAAAUUGUAUUGCCGUGUGGAGGAAACAGUUAGAGGAGCUGUAAUUAGUGAAAUACUAGUAGCAAAAACAAAUAAGUGACAGGGAAUUGAAUACCGUUUAAUUUGGCAGAUACAGAAAUAUAAAUAAUAUGAACAUUUAUAUAGUGCUCAUUAUGCAGGUGUUAAAAACAAAAUAAACAAGGCAUCUGCAUGGUCUCAGAGUGAAAAGAAUUAUUGAAAAGAUGCAUUUGAGGGCUGACUUAAAUUCAGCCUGUCAAACUUCACAAAGGAGUUUGUUUCAAAGAUAUUUUGUAGCAGCAAAGAAGCCUUUAUGAGGCUAUAUGAUAGCGAAUAUGAAUAGGAUGACAAGUCAUCUUAUGUCUAAUUCAAUAAACUCAUCUUAGACUUCAACUUGCAGAACAAUGCUGGAAACCGGUUAUUAUCAAAUCAUUCCUUAAUUUUAUUGAGAAAAAAAUAUAUAAAAUGUAUAAACAUAGAUAGGUACAAGGUAUCUCUUGCUCAAUAAUAAAUUAACAAAUUAAAUAAAAUAUGAAAUAACUCACUACUAUGUUAACCAUUACAUGGUUUUAAACAAUGACAACUAAACCGUUACUGAUCAUUACUGUACUGAUAUAUUAAUUUUACAAAAUCAUUAAUAUAUUUUUUGAAGUGAAUAAACUACAGCAAAGCC